UACAUUAAUGAAUCCCUAACCCAGUAUCGCGGUGAACUCUUUGGAAGAGUAAACAAAUUCAAGAAGGAAAACAAGUACAAAUUCCUAUGGACGAAUAAUGGUAAGAUCUAUCUACGUAAACAUGAAACCUCACAGACAUUUACAUUUACAACAUUUCAAGAAUUCGGAGACUUCAUUGCUCCAUCACAAUGAAACUUUCAAACCUGGUUAGUCCUCCUUGUAAACAACUUAGUAGUUAUUAAAUAAUGGCUUCUUCAAAUGUUUGGAUACCCACAUUUAAUGAUUUAGAUGAAAGAGAAUUUAGAUUUGUACUCGGUUCUGGUAAUGUCAAUGACUUCAUCAACUCUGGUGUUGAUUUGUACAAAAUUCCUCCAAAUCCUGACAAGUUCGAUGAAUCUGACCCUGAUUUAAUGUUGUCAACUCCUAGCUCUGAGUACUAUUCCAUAGCUGAUGCUAAUAACCUUUUAGCUGAUAUAGAUAACGAUUCCAUUUUUCUCUUUCAUUGUAAUAUUAGAAGUAUACCAAAAAACUUCGAGCUCUUAUACGACCUUUUAUGUUGCUUUGAUAAUAUACCUGAUGUAAUUGCUGUAACUGAAACUAGAAUUAAUUGUAACUCAUCAGCAAACAUAGAUUUUCCUAACUACAAAUUUUACAGUACUGAUUCUAAAACAACGGCUGGUGGUGUUGGUAUUUACAUCUCAUCCUCCCUAAAUGCAAUUCAUAGGUCAGAUUUAAGCUUUAAUUCUGUUGAGGCAGAAUCCUGCUGGAUUGAAAUCUUACAGGAACACAAACCUAGCAUAAUUGUGGGAUGUAUAUACAGGCACCCCUCGUCUAAUCUUGAUAAUUUUAUAUCUCAACUAGAAAACCUCGUCAGUCCCUUUAAUCAAUCCAAGCAUCAAGUCUUUAACCAGGGGGGCAUGAAUAUUGACUUUCUAAGAGUAAGUACACAUUCCAAAACUGAAGACUACCUUGAUAUGCUAGUAACCUCCCCCCAGUCAUAACAAAACCUACUAGGAUCACAAGCCAUACCGCAAUCUCUUAUUGAUCAUAUUUACACAAAUGCCUCUACUGACCAAAUCAUACCUGGUAUUGUAACCACGGACAUAUUAGACCACCUGCCCACCUUCUGUUCCAUUAGAAGACAGAUAGCAAGGCUAAAAUCAAAGAGAUUCUUCAGGGACUAUUCAAAUUUUGACUCUGAGACCCAUCUGAAUGAUAUAAAGUCAGCUGACUGGAGUAGCAUCCUCCAUGACCCAACCGACAUCCACACUAAAGCCAGCGGCUUUGUCGAAAAACUUAAAGGCAUAGCCAAUAAACAUGCGCCAAUUAAACGUAUACCCCGCAGCCGUCUAAAACGAAAGAUUCACAAACCCUGGAUAACAGAUACCUUAUUAAAAUCUAUAAGAAACAAGCAGAAAAUGUAUCGCACGCACUUUCUUUCUAAAGAUCUAGACAAG